CGUGAGACAACGGAGCUGCGUAUCCAUGACAGCCUUAUUAUUAUUGUUGUUGCUGAUGCUAGCGUUAGCACGAAUUUCCUCUGAGGUGGCGAUAGCUCGCUUUACUAACGUUAUAUUUUAAAAUGUAAACGUAAUUGAUCAGCAGCUUCUGGACCACACAGGAUGCUAAUUACUAAAUGUACAAUGCCGUUCGUGCCUUGCUGAUGUUUUAUCUGUCUAUCCAUGCAACGAUAGCUAGCUUAUAGCAUCCUGCGAACAGUUAGAAGCAACGUUAGCAUAUGUACCUAUUAGCAUAUAGCAUAUGUAGCCAAAGCCUCGUCCAGCUCCCACUGCUCUAAGGGCGUUUAUCUGCGGACUAGUGGAGAUGUUGGACCUCCCUCUGUACAGUUCCCAGCGAGUCCAGGACGUGGAGGCAAGGAUGAGAGACCAGGGCUUGAGCCGAUAAAGCGGAGACAAGUGGAGAAUGAUUUCACGGUACAACAGAAGACCUGUAUCGCACAAACUUGAGAUACGUGGGUUGUCUCGCAGUAGCCUUGACCACCACCCUCUCCCAGAGGAGGCAGACGAUAACCAAAUGCCUCAGCGGUACCUCCAUGACCUCCAGGAAACUGUCUCCGCUCACAACAGCUCAGACACGUCUGCUGCCUCGGGCCACUCCGACUGCCCAACCGUCAUUUCAGUCGACUCCAACCAGUCCUGGUCCGGCAUCCACAGCUCUACAGGCACCGGCAUCUCCACAGAGAGGAGCUCUGUUUUCUCCUGGGGCUACGAUGAGUUCGACAAGGCAGCAUCACGGCAGGUGCAGCAAAUGUUUGAGGAGAUCGACAAAGAGCUGUACGAGGGGAGAGGCAGCGGGGGAGGGAUACUCCAGGGGCUGCACGAUGAGUGUCAGCAGUGGGCCACACGUUUCCCACAUCUCCGGAUCCUGGGGACUCAGCUGAUGUUACCAAGCGAUAAGGGCUUCCAGUGGUAUGAUACUUCAGGGAAAGGCAGCUCUGCCGGCAGCACAUCAUCAGGCAAAGAGAGCAGCGUGGAGUCCCAGGAGAAAGAUAAGAGCACAGAGUUGAACGUGCAGGGCAGGAGAGCGGCGCUGAUCACGGCCUCCUCAGCGGAGUCGGAUGAGCCUCCUGGCACCUCCAGUGGCUCCAGCAGUCACGACAAGCCCAGACUGAUUGAAGAGGAGGGCCUGAUGGAGGAAUAUCUGGCUUUCGAUAGCGGGGACUUGCAGGACGAGUGGGAGCCGGAUUCUUCGGAGUCGGGUCGGAGGCAUCACUCUAUGCCCCCGGUCUCUCCGUACCGGUGUCGCCGUCAAGCUGUUCUCGACCUGCUGUUUGAUGAUGUGUGGCGGCAGCUGGUCGGCUGGAUGAAAGAGCUGGUCCAACGCCACUGGGAAUGCUGCACCUCAGGCGAUGAAAAGAUGUGUGGGAGCUUAAGCCCCGUGCCGCAGGACUCCCAGAACCCCUUCAUGCUGCUCUCCAUGCUGCCGACGAUGCUGCCCAAACUCGGCCAGAGCAGGGUGCCCCCGCUCACAGCUGGGCUGCAGUUUCAGAACACAAAGUCAAGGGGCUCAAAGCACAAGUCCAGACGGAAAUCCAAAAAGCAGAAAAGGCCUUCCACUGCUGUAAGGGUCCCAGUAGGAGCAGCAGCGACCCAGCACAACCUGAACGACCUAAUCGUGAUCCACAGCAUCCCCCUGCAGCAGAGGAACCUUGGUGUGCUGGAAAGAAACCAGGAGCCAGAAGAGCGGGUGUCUCUCAGACCAGCCUCCAGCGUGGUCCCCUCCAGCAAACCGUGCCCUCGCAGAGCCCUGGAGCAGAGCUCCUCCUCGCUGUCCCGCCCGGCACAGUCUGCCCGACGAAGAAACCCUCCGCCCCGAACCCUCCUGCCGCUGGUUCCCAGUCUGAGUCCGUCCUGUGCAGCGGGAUCCAUGGAUGACGUCGUCCGUGGGACACGUCUACCCACAGCCAGCAACUGCCUGACGUCUCCCUUGUUGCUUCUGAGCAGGAACACACUGCUUCCCCCCAUCAUCAGCGGAGACCCAGAGUCAUCUCACUCGGGGCAGCAGUGCAAACCUGCACAGCGUCUCAGAGGCCCGUCCAGCCGCGCCCACAGUGCUAUAAAUGACGAAGCUGGCAGCUUAAUACCGAGGGAUCGUCACCACCUGCUGGACGUCUUCUCUCGGCCCAACACCACUCACACAUACAGGUCCGACACUCCUUACCGUCGUUCCUUCACAGUGUUGGACAACAUCGGGCAGGGGCGGCCGGGCAGAGCCUCCGUAGCCACAGACUCUCUUGGUAUCGGUGUGACGGGCAUCAGUAUGGGCAUCAGCAGCUCAUCUUUCUUGGACUCGUUUCCCCACCACCCCUUGGGACACUUGCCCAUCAAAGACGAAGAGGAGCCAGACCCACAAGCCCCCGUCCCAGCGACACCGGUGCCUGUGUCAGUCCCACCUCGGUCUUACACCAGAGGAAGCAUCCCGACCAGGGCCGGCAGACCUGGCUUGUAGUUCGCCUCCGAACCCUUCAGCCAUUCAAUCUGUAUUCACUCCAACAAAGUGCAGCAUCUGUGCCCUUCCUUUUUUUUUUUUUUUUUUCAUAUUAUGCUGCUUUUGGUUAAGGGCCUAUUUUUGUAUUUCAGAAAUCAGCUCAUGUGGCUGUCUGGUGGAAUGAAUGAGUAACUCCGUUGUCAUGUACAGUACGAGCUGUAUGUGUGGACAUUUGUACGUAUGGUCUGAAUGUGUAUAUAUAUAUAUAUAUAUAUAUUUAUGUGAAUGUACAGUAUAUUAUCCUCCACAGUGUGUUGUUGUGCUGGUAAAUGACUAUGCAGGGAAUAACACAUCCACCCAGACGGGGAUGGAGAGGAUGAAAAGCACUUUCUUUCCUCUCUGAUGCUACAUCAGGGAGUUCGGUACUGUAUCUUUUAUAAGGACACAAUUGUCAACUCACUUUAAAAUCAUAUUAAUCAGAAUAUGGUGGCUGAAAAUCUCUGUAGCCCACGUGCUUUCACAUCUAUACCUCAAGAUAAAUGUAGGAAUAGAAGAACCUGCAAAUAACUAAUUCAUCAUGUCUGUACAAAUGAAUAUUUAAGGUACAUUUUGCUUAUUACCUGAACAAAGCCAUGUGGGGAUGCUUUGACAGGGAACAUCAGGGUAGUUCUCCCUUCAUUCGUUAAUGAAAUAUAGUCUGACAGCCAUGCGACACAGGUGACAAAGCUUGAAAAUCAAAGCUCAUCUUCGAUGCAUUUUCUUUUAUACAAAAAAUAUUAAAAACCGGAGUACUGACAAAGUAUAUAAAUAUGAGUUCAUUCAUUUUUUAUUAAGACUGACAAAAAAAAAAAAAAACAAGAAAUAAAAGAUACAUUUACAUUUUGAGAAGCGUCACAUGAAAAGCUCGUGAGGCCGACAAAGAGAGCAGCUCGACAAACGCAGCUCAUACAUCGAAUGCUCUUAUUAAUCUAAACGUUAUUUUUUAAGAAGUGCCACUAUUUAUAUACACUGUAUCUGCUAUAACCAGAGCCUCAACGCUUCUCACUUUUUCCCUCUUUUUCCUUUUUGGGGCCCACUUUUUUUGGAGUAUUUUGCUUCCAGGUCAGAGAGGAAACUCUGCUCUCUGGACUUCUGUUUUUGCUGGAAAAUAAGAAUGAAAGGAUGUGUUUUUUUUUUUUAGAGAGGGAAACACAAACAACUCCCCGAACAACUUCAUACGUGUGCAUUCGUUACCUUAAGCAUCAUGACAAGACUGUCAUCCUCAUCACCGAGCCCCAUCUCUUUCUGCAUUUCUUCUGCUUCCUGUCGCUCCCUAUUGGCCUGGAAGGUUAAUUGCAAUCAACAUCACGGACAUACGUAGAAAAGUGUAAACAGUGAGAGAAUAUCUAGAAAAACAAAUACAAUAUAAGCUGUGAUGAUUUCAUGGCUUUAACCCCAAACACAUUGCUCACCCUCUUCCUGCGAGCCCUCCUCUUCUUGUCGCUCUCCUUC